AUGAUGAACUUGUGGGGUCAGCACUGUUUUGAUGCUGCGUUGUUGAGGUUUAGGGAACCACCUGCCAAGGGCUUAAUGCCAAUGGUCUAUGGAUUCUAUGAUGAAUGCCAAAGGAAAUAUGGAAAUGCUAAUGCUUGGCGAUAUUGCACAGAUGUUUUUGACUAUCUAACUCUGUCAGCAAUUAUAGAUGGAACAGUACUAUGUGUCCAUGGUGGCCUUUCUCCUGACAUUAGAACUAUUGACCAGAUUAGGGUCAUUGAGCGAAAUUGUGAAAUUCCCCAUGAAGGGCCUUUCUGCGAUCUCAUGUGGAGUGACCCUGAAGAUAUUGAAACAUGGGCAGUCAGUCCUCGAGGAGCAGGCUGGCUUUUUGGAUCAAGGGUCACUUCUGAGUUUAAUCAUAUCAACAAACUGGAUCUGGUUUGCCGGGCCCACCAACUUGUUCAGGAAGGUUUGAAAUACAUGUUCCAAGAUAAAGGACUUGUAACUGUGUGGUCUGCGCCAAAUUAUUGUUACCGUUGUGGAAAUGUGGCUUCAAUAUUGAGCUUCAAUGAGAAUAUGGAGAGAGAGGUCAAGUUCUUCACUGAAACAGAGGAAAAUAACCAGAUGAGAGGACCCAGAACAGGAGUACCGUAUUUCUUAUGAGUGGGAUUUGUUAGCUGUCAGUUGUGAGAUUUUUCCCACACUUGAUGUGGCGCUAUUUCCAACAGGGUGAUAGAGUGGAUAAGAAAUAUACUUUCUUGGAGGAAUCCUGGACAUGGGGGUUGUUAAUAGUGGAAUAUGAAAUGCAGCCCAGUGCUUCAGUGUGACCCUGCUGGUCUCAAAUAGCUUUUGUAUCAAAGAUGCUUUAAUGUUUGGUUUUGUUCCUUCCAGUCCUGUUUCAUAAUUAUUUUGUGCUUUUUAAGAUGAAUUCUAUGUUGGAUCAUAGCAUAAACUUUUAGACUACUUGCUGUCAAAUGCUAUAUUGUAUAUUGUUUUAGAACUUCCAGAUUUGUUUUGUCCUGGGGGCGUGGAUGCUUAAUCUACAUCAAUGCUGCAUUGCUUAUAACUUGGUCCUUCCAUAGACCAAGCCACCAAAUAUUUGAUCUAGUCGAGCAGAAUGUGGAAUGUCAAGCCAGAUGCAAAACUUGAGCUGAGCACCAGCUGAUGUGCUAGGUUUUACUAUUGAGCUGUUUUCCAGGGCCUGGUGUUUCUAUGGUCCACUCGGCAGGUGAUUGCAGUGAGCUAACAAGCCUAUUGUUGGUAGGCAUCAGUGUAUAGGUUGUGUUUGGAGGAUGAGCUUGUGUUUGGUGUUAGGUGAUCGCAGGACACUUUUUGGGUUGGGAUACUUCCAAUCUUGGAUUUUAUUGUUAUCUGAUCUGGGUCCACUACAAGAUAUAAUAUGGAAGCGGAGAAUUGAAUCAGUCAUUGAUUAGUCAUCAAUUGCUUACUUGGUCUGUAAUGUUGAUGCAAUCAUCACCACUGACUAACUACAUCAUCAGCAGCUGCAAUUGCUGUGAUUUCUAUUCUUUUUCUGCACGUCUUUCCGUUGAUUAGUCUUUCAGAAAUUUUACACCAACCAAAAUUGGGAGCAAAUUUGUAGCACAAAUGAUUUGGCAAAAUCACUAUACUCAACGCAAAGUGUUGUUGGGCUCUCUUGUUUGUUG